AAGCUCGCGCCGCCGCCGCCGCCGCUCAGCUCCCCGGGGCGCGUCCAGGACCCGCUGCGCCAGGCGCGCCAUCCCCGGCCCCGGCGUGCGUCCCCACGAGGACAGCGACCCCGCCGCUCGGCCCACCUCUCCGCCGCGCUUCCGGCCACCUUCGCCGCCCCCGGCGGGGGCCCAGGAGGAAGCCGAGCCCGCCCUCGCCCUCGCCCUCGCCCCCGGCCCCGCAGCCCUCCCGCCGCUUUGCGCCAUGGACGCCCCGGAGCCGCAGCCGGACCCCGACGGCGGGGACGCCCCGGGCCGCGAGCCCGGGGGCAGCCCCCAAGACGAGUUCGACUUCUCCAUCCUCUUCGACUAUGACUAUUUGAAUCCUAUCGAAGAAGAACCGAAUGCACAUAAAGUCGCCAGCCCACCCUCCGGACUCGCAUACCCCGAUGAUGUCCUGGACUAUGGCCUCAAGCCAUACAGCCCCCUCGCCAGUCUCUCUGGCGAGCCCCCCGGCCGAUUCGGAGAGCCGGAUAGGGUAGGGCCCCAGAACUUUCUGAUCCCGGCCAAGCCAGCGGGGGCCUCGGGCCUGAGCCCUCGGAUCGAGAUCACUCCAUCCCACGAACUGAUGCAGGCAGGGGGGCCCCUCCGCGUGAGAGACACUGGCCUCCUGGUGGAGCAGCCGCCCCUGCCGGGGGUGGCCGCCAGCCCAAGGGUCACCCUGCCGGUGCCUGGCUUCGAGGGCUACCGCGAGCCGCUUUGCUUGAGCCCCGCUAGCAGCGGCUCCUCUGCCAGCUUCAUUUCCGACACCUUCUCCCCCUACACCUCGCCCUGCGUCUCGCCCAAUAACGGCGGGCCCGACGACCUGUGUCCCCAGUUUCAAAACAUCCCUGCUCAUUAUUCCCCCAGAACCUCGCCAAUAAUGUCACCUCGAACCAGCCUCGCUGAGGACAGCUGCCUGGGCCGCCACUCGCCCGUGCCCCGUCCGGCCUCCCGCUCCUCGUCGCCUGGUGCCAAGCGGCGGCAUUCGUGCGCCGGGGCCUUGGUUGCCCCCCUGCCCGGAGCCUCACCCCAGCGCUCCCGCAGCCCCUCGCCGCAGCCCCGGGACGACGGCGCCCCCGCUGGGUACCCCCCCACGGCUGGCUCCGCCGUCCUCAUGGACGCCCUGAACAGCCUCGCCGCGGACUCGCCUUGUGGCAUCCCCCCCAAGAUGUGGAAGACCAGCCCCGACCCGUCGCCGGUGCCUACCGCCCCCGCCAAGGCCGGCCUGCCCCGCCACAUCUACCCGGCCGUGGAGUUCCUGGGGCCCUGCGAGCAGGAGGAGAGGAGGAACUCGGCGCCCGAGUCCAUCUUGCUGGUGCCGCCAACCUGGCCCAAACAGCUGGUGCCCGCUAUUCCCAUCUGCAGCAUCCCAGUGACUACGCCCCUCCCUCCACUUGAGUGGCCGCUCUCCCACCAGUCGGGCUCCUACGAGCUGCGGAUUGAGGUGCAGCCCAAGCCCCAUCACCGGGCCCACUACGAGACCGAAGGCAGCCGAGGGGCCGUCAAAGCCCCAACUGGCGGCCACCCUGUGGUUCAGCUCCACGGCUACAUGGAAAACAAGCCCCUGGGACUUCAGAUCUUCAUUGGGACAGCCGACGAGCGGAUCCUUAAGCCCCAUGCCUUCUACCAGGUGCACCGGAUCACAGGAAAAACCGUCACCACCACCAGCUAUGAGAAGAUCGUGGGCAAUACCAAAGUCCUGGAGAUCCCCCUGGAGCCAAAAAACAACAUGAGGGCGACCAUCGACUGUGCUGGGAUCCUGAAGCUCAGAAAUGCCGACAUUGAGCUGCGGAAAGGCGAGACGGACAUCGGAAGGAAGAACACGCGGGUGAGGCUGGUCUUCCGGGUGCACAUUGCAGAGUCCAGCGGAAGGAUCGUCUCCUUGCAGACUGCGUCCAACCCCAUCGAGUGCUCCCAGCGCUCCGCCCACGAGCUGCCCAUGGUGGAGAGACAGGACGUCGACAGCUGCCUGGUCUACGGGGGCCAGCAGAUGAUCCUCACGGGACAGAACUUCACGGCCGAGUCCAAGGUUGUGUUCACCGAGAAGACCACAGAUGGGCAGCAAAUUUGGGAGAUGGAGGCCACGGUGGAUAAAGACAAGAGCCAGCCCAACAUGCUUUUUGUUGAGAUUCCCGAGUAUCGGAACAAGCACAUCCGCACGUCGGUGAAGGUGAACUUCUACGUCAUCAAUGGGAAAAGGAAACGGAGCCAGCCUCAGCACUUUACCUACCACCCAGUCCCAGCCAUCAAGACAGAGCCCACUGAUGAAUAUGACCCCACCUUGAUCUGCAGCCCCGCCCACGGGGGCCUGGGGAGCCAGCCUUACUACCCACAGCACCCGAUGGUGGCCGAGUCGCCCUCCUGCCUCGUGGCCACCAUGGCUCCCUGCCAGCAGUUCCGCUCAGGGCUCUCCUCCCCUGACGCCCGCUACCAGCAGCAGAACCCAGCGGCCGUCCUCUACCAGCGGAGCAAGAGCCUGAGCCCCAGCCUGCUGGGCUACCAGCAGCCGGCCCUCAUGGCCGCCCCCCUGUCCCUCGCGGACGCCCACCGCUCCGUGCUGGUGCACGCUGGCUCCCAGGGCCAGAGCCCGGCCGUGCUCCACUCCUCUCCGGCCAACCAGCAGGCCUCGCCGGUCAUCCACUACUCGCCCACCAGCCAGCAGCUGCGCUGCGGAAGCCACCAGGAGUUCCAGCACAUCAUGUACUGCGAGAAUUUUGGCCCCGGCACCGCCAGGCCCGGCCCGCCCCCCGGCGGCCAAGGUCAGAGGCUGAGCCCCGGGGCCUACCCCACGGUCAUUCAGCAGCAGAAUGCUACAAGCCAAAGAGCCGCCAAAAACGGACCCCCGGUCACUGACCAAAAGGAAGUAUUACCCGCGGGAGUGACCAUUAAGCAGGAGCAGAACUUGGACCAGACCUACUUGGAUGAUGAGCUGAUAGACACACACCUUAGCUGGAUACAAAACAUAUUAUGAAACAGAAUGACUGUGAUCUUUGAUCCGAGAAAUCAAAGUUAAAGUUAAUGAAAUUAUCAGGAAGGAGUUUUCAGGACCUCCCGCCAGAAAUCAGACGUAGAAGAAGCCAUUAGCAAGACACCUUCCGUAGCUGAGCCCUCGGAGCCUUCCACUGCCCCCACCUCUGUUCCCUUUCCUGUACAUCUCCCGGCCCGGAGCCCACACGCGGGACAUGUUCUGGCAGAAAGCUGACUCUCGAUUCAGGAGCUCGCCACCUCUCUCUAGAAACACCAGGGAGAACUCUCUGCCUUUGAUUUUUGUUUUAAAUCCCAAAGAGCAUCUCGGUUGACUUUAAUGGUGUCCCGUCCUCACCUUAAGUGCCUGCUGACCAAACUCACGUUCUGAACAAGACGGCACGCUGGACCGCGCCGAGAUGGAGUGACCGGAGCCCGGGGGCCCGGGCUGGGGUGGGGCGGAAGAUGUGGGCACUGUGAUUAAACGGCAGCCCUGCCUUCCUUUUUCCAGGUCCCAGAUACAGCCCCUGUACCUUUUGAAGGAAAGGAGUUGUCAAACAGAACACCCAAAGAACGUGGCCCAAGAGUCCAGCUUACAGGCCGAAGACACGCAGAGAAGCAGGACCGCCAUCCUUGGGCGUCGCCUCUUCCCGGCCACAGCUGGGCCACAGCUCGAGCUUUACUUCUCAGUUUUCUCAUUCGGAAGCAAAACCGUCUGGCCCACACAAGAUCACCUGUUAAAACUUCUCGGCGUUAAGUUAUGACACUUGUACACGUUUGUUUUAUUUCUCUCUGCUUCAGAAAGC